ACAUGAAUCAUCAACACAGAAAGCAGAAACACACUCAUACACAGAACUCUUCGUUGUCUACCUAAAUAUCAAUUUCUUUCCAAUUUUAUAAUUGAAAGCAGCGAAAAAUCGUGUUAAUACUGUUUGUAAAUCUCCCAAUAUCUAUCGUUUCUGAAUAACUGUUCUAGUGAACCGAAGCUUUCUUUUUGAUCUUCGCAAUGGCUGCUACUCAAAACUAUGCUAUGAUCAAUGGCGGGGUUGGCUUGGUCCACGCAUCCAGCUCCCUUCUACCCCCUCCACCACCACCAUCAUCUCUAGUCCCAGCGCCCCCCUCUCUCCAGCAACCACUCGGAGUCAUCCCUCAACCAAUCGGCAUGAUUCCUCAGCCGAUGGGCGUUGUCCUCCCACCAAUCGGCGUCGUCGCUCAGCCGAUCCCCCCUCCCGCAGCGGUAGCUCCUCCCACCAUCACCGAAGUGAGCGGAGUCAACGGCGUUGUGGCCCCGCCCCUUCCACCCGAUCAAGAUAGCAGUGGCGAGCCGCAACCGAAAAUGGCUAAAAUUGACGAAGCGAUGAUGAUUAUGAUGAUGAUGAUGCAAUGCAAAGAGCGUGCGUACGCGUGCGUGAGUGAGCAGGGGGCACACACACAGCAGACAGACCUGCUACCCUUUGCGGGCCCUCAUUUCCCUUUCUCACUGCUCCAAUUUACGAUUUCAACCAGACUGGCCAACUUAUGCCUGGGCCAGGCUCGCGGCAGGGCAUCAUGGGCAUUCUGGGAUCGCCGCUGCCCAAGCUGAACAGCGAGCAACAGGAGGCGGUGACCCGCGCCAAGAAGUACGCCAUGGAGCAGAGCAUCAAAAUGGUCCUUAUGAAGCAGACGCUCGCCCAUCAGCAACAGCAAGCGAAAUCAUUCCAUAGACAUCAGGCUCUCAUAUUGAUGUGCAGGGUAUACGUGGGUUCGAUAAGCUUCGAGCUGAAGGAGGACACAAUUAGGCAGGCAUUCCUGCCAUUCGGGCCGAUCAAGUCGAUCAACAUGUCGUGGGAUCCGGUCACCCAGAAGCACAAGGGCUUUGCGUUUGUCGAGUACGACAUUCCCGAGGCGGCGCAACUCUCGCUCGAGCAGAUGAACGGGGUCAUGCUCGGUGGCAGGAACAUAAAAGUAGUGGGCCGACCGAGCAAUAUGCCGCAGGCGCAGUCGGUGAUAGACGAGAUCACAGAGGAGGCCAAGCAGUACAACCGCAUCUAUGUGGCCAGCAUCCAUCCCGACCUCACCGAAGAUGAUAUCAAGAGUGUGUUCGAGGCAUUUGGUCCGAUCAAGUCGUGUCGCCUGCAGCAGGGCAGCUCUCCGCACCGCCACAAGGGCUACGGCUUCAUUGAGUACGAGACAAGGCAGGCGUCGCAGGAGGCCAUUGCCAGCAUGAACCUGUUCGACCUCGGCGGCCAGUACCUGAGAGUCGGCAGAGCCAUCACUCCGCCCAAUGCACUACAUUCGAAUUCGCGCGUGAAGACGGGACCCUCGGCGACAGGAAGCCAGAUGCCAACGGCUGCCGCCGUCGCAGCUGCAGCCGCCACCGCCAAGAUACAGGCCAUGGACGCCGUCGCAUCCAAUGCUGUACUCGGUCUAUCCGGCCUAGGACCGCCGACCGUUCUGCCAGCCCUGACUCCGGGCGCAGUGGUGGGUGGGUUAGGGGUGGGGGCGAUUCAACCCCAACUGGGGGUGGGUUUGGUGCCCCCACCUGGCAUUGCCAUACCGCAAACCUUCAGAGCGCCUGCCCCUAUCAUACCAGGUGAAAUAGCAGCCGUGCUGCCAGCGCCGGCUGUGGUGACGCCCACACUGAUGUCUCAGCCAAUGAGCGUCGGUGGCGGGGUGGGGCUAGCAGGGGGAGUGGCCAACCAGCAGGAGGCGCUGAGGCGUGCGCAUGCGCAGAAGCAGCAACAGGAGGAGCUCCAGAAGAAGCUAUUGGAGGAGAGCGAACCGCAGACGCUACAACAGCAGGAGAACAUGAGCAUCAAGGGCCAGAGUGCGCGCCAUCUUGUUAUGCAGAAGUUGAUGCGCAAAGUUGAGAGUCGAGUUGUGAUUUUGAGGAACAUGGUCGCUCCCGAGGAUGUCGACGAAUCGUUACAGGAAGAAAUUCAGGAUGAGUGCAGCAAGUUUGGAGCUGUCGACAGGGUAAUUAUCUACAACGAAAAACAGUCUGAAGACGACGACGAUGCUGAAAUCAUUGUAAAAAUUUUUGUGGAAUUCUCACAAAUGAGAGAGGCAGAAGCAGCCAGAGACGCGUUAAACGGAAGGUUCUUCGGAGGUCGCCUCGUGAGAGCUGAGCUCUAUGACCAGGCUUUAUUCGAUCAUAGCGACUUUUCCAAUUGAACCACGUAUUUUCCACGCUUUUCUCUGUGUACCUCACACUUCGCUAUUACCACCAUUGACUGACCAUUGACCAGUGAUUCCAUUCUAUCCAAAUUUCAUUUCAUCCCAGAUGUAGCAUUUCUCCAGUGAAUGUUAUCAAUAAGAAUAUUAUAUAGUUGAAAAGACAUGUAAUUAUAGGACAUUAUUCAAAACAGUCAACGAAAUUGAUGUACAAAUAUUGAUAUUAAUUGUGUUUACUUCUAUUUUUUGCUUAGUUGAGUUUGUUGAGUUACGAUUUCUUGAUGAAAAUUUGAUAUUAAAUAUAUAUUUUCUAAGACGUGUACUACUAACAGAAGCCGAGUAUUUUAGUCAGUACUUAUAAAUAGACCAGUGUUAAAUA